CAGAAUGAGAGGAGGAGGAGGAUCCUCGGAUGUUCCUAUUGGCCGAGGAGUUUGUCAGGCUCACUCUGAUUGGCUGGCAGAGCGAGAUCAGGGAAUCCCUCAGGGCUUGCUCUGUCUUUGUCUCAGAUUAAAAACACAAACAUCCCAGCCAGACCUCACUGCUCCAGGUAGUCCUCCAGUCGGCUGGAGACCAGGCCUGACUCCAAAGCCUGGUCUGUUGCAGAAAGCCAACAGUGCAGCUGCUGUUUGCAAGACCAUAAAUCUCCCUGAAUACUGCCAGUCUGCUGCUACAUGGUCUGAGGCUUUAAUAUAGGAGGUACCUGUAAUAUUUAGCCAAGCACAGUGAAUACAUUGUUCAGCAAAGUCAGAAAGAAGAACAGAGGUGCUUGAGUGCUGCUGUUUAACUGAGGCAAAGGUGUUGGGAGACUUAUCGGUUUCCCUUCAGCCGAUGUGAAGAAACCUCCUGAGUUCAUGUUGCUGAGGGUGUAGAAGAAGAGUCCACAGCUGAAGACAAGAAAGGAGUGAGAUGAAAGUCUAGACAGUUAAAUUGCAGCGGGCUGUGGAGAGCCGGCGGAGCAGAGCGGCAGCAUGAGCGACUGUGGGCGGGGAGAGAGGAAGUGUGGUCGACAGGAGAGGAAUUUAAGCCCCAUUGUUCUGAAAGAGCAGAGGCAGAGAGAGCCGGGGAGCCGACAGACGCUGGACAACAUGGACGUGAGCUCAGCAAUGGACAAGAUGUCUGUAAAGCAGAGUGCAGGAGGUGCAGCGGUGUGUCAUGUAUGUGAGGGGAGCUGCUCUGGAUUCCAGCCACAUUCUUGGAGGAAAGCCUGUCUCGCUUGCGGCUGCAGCGCGAUCGACCACGCUCCUGGAAGUGACGUUGAAGAUGACCAGCGAAUGGGACGCCUGCUCGCAGACUCACCGUGCUCCCAUUUGACAGCGAAGGUUAAAGGAGGCGGGGGCCUUCGCAUGUACAAGAGGAACCGUAUGAUUGUGACCAAUCCGGUGGUGUCGCGCAAAGACCCCACCUUCAACACCACGACAUACGUCUGGGCGCCGGCCGGCCUCAACCAGACACUGGCCAUGCAGUACAUGGAGCUCAUCCCAGAUAGUCUACGUCCCGUCUCGGGGACAGAUGGAGCGUUGGAGCGACGCAGGCAGCUCUUCAGUCAGCUCCCUGUCCACGAUCAGGACCCCAUGAAGUGUCAGAGCCUUGCCAGUGAGGAGGAGCUGUCCUCCAUGCUGCUGUUUGUGAAAAGCUACAAACAGGAGGUGCUGGGAGUUGGGGAGGUGGCCUUACCUGGUGAGGGCGGAGCUCUGAGGGAAGCAGCCACUCAGAGGAAAGCAAAGGAAGCCAAGGACCGCAGCAACACUGACAAAAAGGAUGCUCUGCAGCACCAGGACCGCGGCUCGAUCAGCAGCAGCACUGCGUCGGCUACUGGCUCAACUAACGGAACAGAUGACAGCACUAAGACUGGAUAUCGGUGCACUGGUUGCCAAGGUGAUGUUACCAAAGAGAGUCCAGCUGUUUAUGCUGAGCGUGCCGGUUACCAUAGCGCCCUUUGGCACCCAACCUGCUUCGUAUGUUCAGAGUGUGGCCAGGGAUUGGUGGACCUGGUCUACUUCUGGUCCAAUCAGAAGCUGUUCUGUGGACGACACUACUGUCAGACGGUGUGGCCACGGUGCUCAGGCUGCGAUGAGUUGAUCUUCUGCCAGUCUUUUCACACGGCAAAAGAUGGACGCACAUGGCAUCAUCAUCAUUACUGCUGCUGGAAAUGUGGACAAAACCUGCAUGCACCUUGUCAGCACCAAGACACUCACACUAUAUAGUGUUUUAAGACGUUUUAGCAUUAAAACAGAAUUACAUGGAUGGGAUAAGACAAAAUAAAAAAUCUGAUGUGGCGUGUCUAGCUCACCCAGUAAGAGCGUGCGCCCCAUAGUCUGAAUCCUUUGCAGCGGCCCGGGUUCUAGGCCGACCUGCUGCCCUUUACUGCGUGUCACCCCCCAUCUCACUCCCACCUUUCCUGUUUAUCUGGUGUCAAUAUCAAAUAAAGGGAAAACCCCCAAAAAUAAUAAUCUUUAAA